AUGAGGCCGAUGUAGGAGUGUCUGCCAAGUGACUCCAACACAGACUCUUAGCCAUAUCAGUCGGGCUGUGCAUACCGCUGCAAUGUAACAUCUACUCCACCAUGUCGAUCCAAUGUACAGGAAUCACCAACGGGACUGGUGAGUUCUGCCGGCGUGUCGGACAUGGCAGAGAUGGGAAUCCAAUACCAGCCAAGACAGUGCCAGUGAGAAGGACAGAUGGCAGGUAUAAAGGUAUGCCUUGGGGACACGAUGUCAAUGACCGUCAAUAGCGUCUUCAACUCUGCCUCGUAUUCUUCGCUCUGCAAUCAUGAACCAGAUAACUCUGCACACCCAGCGUCUCGUCCUGCGCCCUCUUGCGGCAGAGGACAAGGACUUUCUCUUUCAACUCGACUCCGACCCAGAUGUCAUGAAGCACGUCGGAUAUGGCAAGCCACUCAAUGCCGAAGACUCUGCGAUAGUCCACAAACUCCUGCUUGAGACAGCUUCUCAUGGUAAUGGCUCCGGAUGCUGGGUCGGCUUCUCAGACAACGACUUCGUUGGCUGGUGGGUUCUGUGCCCCCAUCAGACCGAAGACACUCCACCAAGGAUCAACCUCGACAGAGCAGAAUUCGGACUGCGCGUGUUGCCCAAGUUUUGGGGGAAGGGUUUCGCAAAGGAGGGAUCGCGCGAGCUCGUCCGCCACGCCUUCCAAGACCUGGGCAUCAAGGAGAUUUUUGGCGACACCAUGACGGUCAAUGCAGGGUCAAGGGCCACCAUGUCUGCUUGUGGGAUGAGAUUGGUUCGCACGUUUUUCAACCACUACGAAACCCCACCUGCCGGAAUUGAGGAGGGCGAGGUCGAAUAUCGAAUCACUUUGGAUGAAUGGACAAUGCUGCAGAGAGCGACAAUGCUGCAGCCUUGGCGACAGGAUGCAUUGUCGGUUGACGAUGCCCAACGGACUGGAAAGCGAGCUGGGCUGGCGAUGCCGCUCGGCGUUGCUGUUUAGAGAAUUUUGAUAUUGUUCGUGGGCCAUAUAUCGGAGACCAAAGACCUUGUUGUUGUCGCGAAUGUACGUCCGUAAAACGAAAUGUAGUUAGGGUUGAAGGAUCGAGGUUAAGAAAGUCGUUAUUGGUAGAAGGAUUUGCCAAGUU